GGACUUAAUGCACCUAGUACGCAUGUUUGCAAUAAACUAACGCAUGCGAGUAAUUAAAAUCAAUAGAGCUGCAUCUAGGUUCCAGGUUCGUCACUUGAUAUCUUCUUGCAUAGUGUGGAAGUUGAAGAUGUCUCGGUUAGGGAGUUUCGUGUAUAUCGCAGUGGCCCUGGCUGCUGUGUCACUGGCCACGUCCAAGAUCUCCGGGCUGGCCGAGCGAAGCGACCGACGAUGCCUUCAAUUCGAAAUCCCUGGCAAGUCGGAUCACGCAUUCCCCAUGAACAAAAACAUCGAUCCCAACAAGUUACAGACCAGUGUACACGUCGUACACACCAGAUCGCCAUCAAAGACUACUUCAGAUGAUAUGUUUCUUCAAUGCAUAAAACACAUCUAUCACACGACAGUCGCAUCGCGUAGAAAAAGGGAACUCAUUCAGAAAAUGUAAGGACUAGCGAUAUUUUAAUCACUAAAUAAAUGUAUCUUUAUGUCGUUGAAAAUAAUUAAUACGUUUCUACUUAGAUGUAAGUUUUUAUAACUUUUAUAUAAAAUAUAAAAAAAAGGAUCUGUUGACCGUUCUCUCUACAGCUUAAUAACGUACGUUUUUCUAAGGCUUGUUUUGGAUUGUAAGUAAGUAGUAAUAAUGUAUGUAUACAUUAAGUUAUUAAGGGUCUAUUUCGGUUAUAUUGACCAAAUAUACCAUAAAAAUAUAUUCUUAUUUAGAGCUAGAUAAAAAAAAUAUGGAUUAUUAAUAUGUUUGUUAAGGAAUUGGAAAAUUAAAAUUACGCAACAGUUACAAAUUGGAAAACUGUGGCUGUUACGUAAUUGACAGAAUAAAAUAUAAAUACAUUACGCCAGCCGAAGCUGUUUAAACUUAUUACGUUAAUUUUUGAUAGUGUAACGAAAUAAAUGUAUUUUUACGGAAUAAGUCAUAAAUAGGACAUUGUAACUGUUGGGGCCGUUUAAUGUUAUGUAACAGUUCUGAGAUGGAUACCUAUCUCUGUUACGUAUUUAAAAGAAUAGAAUAAAUAAAACAAAAUCUCUUAGCCGGUUAAACAGGUAAUAACCGGCUACGUCACUUUGCGUUAGUGUUACGUAAUAAAUGUAGUCUUACGGAAUAAGUAAUAAUUAAUAAAUUUUCGGCCACAAUGGCUUUUAGAACUACGUAACAGUUACGAGAUGAAAUCUUGUACCUGUUACGUAUUUAAAAGAAUAGAAUAAAUAAAACAAAAUCUCUUAGCCGGUUAGACAAGUAAUAACCGGCUACGUCACUUUGCGUUAGUGUUACGUAAUAAAUGUAGUCUUACGGAAUAAGUAAUAAUUAAUAAAUUUUCGGCCACAAUGGCUUUUAGAACUACGUAACAGUUACGAGAUGAAAUCCUGUACCUGUUACGUAUUUAAAAGAAUAGAAUAAAUAAAACAAAAUCUCUUAGCCGGUUAGACAAGUAAUAACCGGCUACGUCACUUUGCGUUAGUGUUACGUAAUAAAUGUAGUCUUACGGAAUAAGUAAUAAUUAAUAAAUUUUCGGCCACAAUGGCUUUUAGAACUACGUAACAGUUACGAGAUGAAAUCUUGUACCUGUUACGUAUUUAAAAGAAUAGAAUAAAUAAAACAAAAUCUCUUAGCCGGUUAAACAGGUAAUAACCGGCUACGUCACUUUGCGUUAGUGUUACGUAAUAAAUGUAGUCUUACGGAAUAAGUAAUAAUUAAUAAAUUUUCGGCCACAAUGGCUUUUAGAACUACGUAACAGUUACGAGACGAAAUCCUGUACCUGUUACGUAUUUAACAAAAUAAAAUUAAUAAAAAUAAAAUAAAUUUAGCCAGUUAAACCUGCCUUAGCUGGUCACCGCAAUUUGCGUUAGUGUUACGUAAUAAAUGUAGUCUUACGAAAUUAGUAAUAAUUAAUAAAUUUUCCGCCACAAUGGCUUUUAGAACUACGUAACAGUUACGAGAUGAAAUCCUGUACCUGUUACGUAUUUAACAAAAUAAAAUUAAUAAAAAUAAAAUAAAUUUAGCCAGUUAAACCUGCCUUAGCUGGUCACCGCAAUUUGCGUUAGUGUUACGUAAUAAAUGUAGUCUUACGGAAUAAGUAAUAAUUAAUAAAUUUUCGGCCACAAUGGCUUUUAGAACUACGUAACAGUUACGAGACGAAAUCCUGUACCUGUUACGUAUUUAACAAAAUAAAAUUAAUAAAAAUAAAAUAAAUUUAGCCAGUUAAACCUGCCUUAGCUGGUCACCGCAAUUUGCGUUAGUGUUACGUAAUAAAUGUAGUUACGGAAUUUGUAACAAUUAAGACAUUUUUGGCGUAUAAGAGUCAUGAGAUGGAAUUCUAUAUCUGUUAGCUGUUUCACACUAUAAAUAAAUAAAAAUUCUCUUAACCAGUUCAAACUGCCUUAACUGGUUACAUCAAUUUCCGACAGUGUUACGUAAUAAAUGUUUUCAUACGGAAUGACUCAUAAUUAUGUUAUGUAGGUUUUAAAUUUAUUUGAAAUUACGUAAAGACUAUGUGGACCCCUGUAGUUGUUACGUCAUUUUGACAUUAAAUGAAGAAUUUAAUGUAGCCUUACGGAAUGAAUCGUAAUUAUAACAUUUUAACCUUCAGAGCUAUUUAAAAUUACGUCAAAGUUAUAACAUUGGAAUAUUAUAGCUGUUACGUAUUUAACAAAAUACCGUUACUUCGAAAGCAAAUUCAGGUUGUUCUAUUUCUUUUCAUAUUGAUGAUGGCGUAUUGAAAUAAGUAUUUACUUUGUUAAUAUUUGGAACGCCCUAAGUCUGAAGGUCAUAAUGUUUAAGUUAACAUAUUACUAUAAAAUAAGAAGUGUUUUUCCGAAAUAAAUACCGAACACAGAUUAUACAGAGCCAUUAAAAUAUAAACAUCUAUAUCUAUAAUUUAUUGUUACUAUUAUUGUCAAUCGCCGGAGAAUUCGAAACAGUUUUUUCGUUUAUAUUCUGAAACGAAGUAGAACUUAUGUACACCCAUAUAAGCAUUAAUAUAUAAGAAGCAGGCAUAAAAUAUGCACAAGGACGAGAAGGAAGACAACGGAAGAGGACACUGGAGGAAAUGGAAAGAUCUGUGAAUAAAAAUAUUUUGUGCCUGCUGACAAAGAA